AUGGCGCCGAGGGAGGAGGCGAGCGGCGGCGCGGGGCAGGCCUGCCAGCGCCCCGCCCCUGCCGCCGUCGGCAGGCCCGGGCGCAAGAUGGCGGCGGUGCUCGCUGGCGGCUCCCAGCGGGUGCUACAGGAGGCGGUGCGGCGCUCGACGGUUCGCCCGCCUGCCUCGGGCUGCUGGGGCUACGCGCCUGGAGGGAAGCGGUAUCUGCUAACAGAAGAUGAUAUAAAGUUACAAGAAUUUCAGCAGAUGAAAGUGGCAAUUAGGAAUGAAGUUCAUGGCAAUAAAGAUCCAUAUUUUAAAAGUAUUAAAGAAAAAUUAAAGAAAAAUGGAAUGAUUCUCAAAAAUGAAUUAAAAAAUUUACUGCAUUUAUGUCAGACUUCAUCUGAUGUGGAACUAGCCAGAAAAGUUAUUUACAGUCUUUCCAAUAGGUACCAUGAACAGAAUGGAAUCACAUCCUUACAUAAUUUUAAAUUUGGGCCUCUCUUUAUGAGGCUAUGUUAUGAGCUGGACCUUGAAAGUCCUGCAGUAGAACUUAUCAAAGAUCAGAAUUUGCGUGGUUUUUUCUCAGAGAGUACAUCAUUCCAUAUUUUAAUGACUAUGUUGUUUAAAAAGGGCCAUUUUGAAAGUGCUUUGGAAGUUCUGGUAGAAAUGAAAAAACAAGGUAUACCUUUCAACAAAGAAACUUACCUACUUGCAUUUGCAAUAUGCUACAAACUGGACAACCUGGAGUCUUGCAAAAUCUCUGCGAAACUGCUUGAAGAAGCACAGCUAAAAGGUGACACAUUACCACUGCGAGCGUUCUGCUUUGCUGUGGCAACUGCUCUGAAGCAGAAUGAUGUAGCACAAGCCAAAUUUUAUUGUUCCCAGAUAAUGAAAACGGAGAACAAACUGUACAAUAAUCUUAAAGUUCUUGUCCAGCUCAGAUCUGGUUCGCUAGAAGAAGUAAUAAAGACAUUAGAGGCAGCAGUGGAAGUAGAUACUCCUUCCUUUGUGAAAAAAAUCGAGUUUUCUGAGCAGGUGCUGGCUACAGUCAGGGAAAAGAUGGAAGAAAACCCUGACCUUUCUGCCAAAUUAGGAGAUAUUUAUACAAAACUACAAGUUUCAGGACGGGUAACCAUGUGCACGCUGGAAGACAUGCUUUUGCAGAUUCCUAGUUCAAAGAAGACCCCUGCAAAGCUUUUAAAUCAGAAACAAUUGGGCUAUCAGGCUGCUAAACCACUUCGGUCAAAUCUGUUGUUGGAAUAGUUCAAUAUUUGAUGGCAAACUGAACUGCUGUUAGCAUCUCUUAGAAGCCAGGUUCAAAUAAAAUGUCUUCUCCCCUCCU